CAGGCGGGCCGGGAGGGGCCGGGUGUGCCGGGGCCCUGCGCGGCCCGGACCGCGAGGCCCGGCUGCAGGCGCCAGGAGGGAGGGCCGGGAGGGCUGGGAGGCCCGGUCCGCCGACCCGGCAGCAGCGCGCGCGCCGGCCCUUUCCGGAGGGAGCCGGACGCCGGGGAGCCGGGUGGGCGGAGGGGCACCCGGGGCGGGGGCUAGGCGCCUCCUGGGUCUUCGCACAGGCCUGGCGGCCCCUUCGGCCCCAUCUGAGCACCUUGGUCAUUGUCUCUGGACAUCGGUGCCCUUCCCUCCGCCUGGGUGCAAGUGGGCGCGCCGUCGGCUCGCCCGGCCAGGGGCUGCGGCUUCACCGCGGUGACGCGCGGCUGCCUCCCCGGGCCUGGCUGGAGCGGAGUGCGGGGCUCCUGGUCUUGCCCCGGCCGCCGACGGCCCCGCUGAGUUGCAGGGUUUGGGGUGGGGCAGCUCUGUCCCAGGCCGGAGGAACUAUUUCUGGCCGGCGCUUUCCCAGGGGGCUCACAUCCGCCAGGCGCUCUCGGAAAGAGGGGCCCCUCCCCCGCCGGUAGUCCGCGCGUGGGCCGCGGGGGCUGGGACCUCUCCACGGGCCCAGGGCCAGCCUGCGGGCGCGUGGGGCUUCCAUACCCCCAGCUCCGUGGUACGGGGCUGCAGGUACUGCUGCGUGGUGGGGUAAGGGACAGGGGCGGGUCUGGCAGGAAGGCCCAGGGUGGGGUGCCUGGAGGAGUGAGGGAUCCCUCCCCUCCCAGGAUCACACUGUCCAGAAAUGUUUUCUGCCCUGCCCACCCAAGCCCAGACCAAAAUACCGGGCCUGGCCUCUCCCCUCCCUGCCGCUGGGAGUUGACGCUGCCUACUCUGGAAGCCCAGCUCCGGAUCCGCUGCCAGGAGCGGCCACAAGGAAGGGUGACAGGAUCCUGCCUAUCCAGCGUGGGCCAGACCUGUAACCUGUCCCUGCCCUUCUAGCGGAGCCUCCUAGGGAACUUCCGGACACCUGUCUGACAGAGGAACCCGUAGCCCCCAGCAGCCAGUCAGGUCCUGGUGUUGUGGGCUCUCUGACGUCCCCUCGCUUCUCAGCCCCAGGAUGGGGGAGUUCAACGAGAAGGCGACAUGCGGAACCGUCUGCCUCAAGUACCUGCUCUUCACCUUCAACUGCUGCUUCUGGCUAGCUGGCCUGGCCGUUAUGGCCGUGGGUAUCUGGACGCUGGCCCUCAAGAGUGACUACAUCAGCUUGCUGGCCUCAGGCACCUACUUGGCCACAGCCUACAUCCUGGUGGUGGCCGGAGUUGUCGUCAUGGUGACCGGUGUUCUGGGCUGCUGUGCCACCUUCAAGGAAAGGCGGAACCUGCUGCGCUUGUACUUCAUCCUGCUCCUCAUCAUCUUUCUGCUGGAGAUCAUUGCUGGCAUCCUGGCUUACAUCUACUACCAGCAGCUGAACACCGAGCUCAAGGAGAACCUGAAGGACACCAUGAGCAAGCGGUACCACCAGCCAGGCCACGAGGGCGUGACCAGUGCUGUGGACAAGCUGCAACAGGAGUUCCACUGCUGUGGCAGCAACAACUCCCAAGACUGGCGGGACAGCGAGUGGAUCCGCUCGGGCCAGGCCGGCGGCCGCGUGGUUCCCGACAGCUGCUGCAAGACCCUGGUGCCGGGCUGUGGGCAGCGGGACCACGCCUCCAACAUCUACAAGGUGGAGGGCGGCUGCAUCACCAAGCUGGAGACCUUCAUCCAGGAGCACCUGAGGGUCAUCGGGGCCGUGGGCGUGGGCAUCGGCUGCGUGCAGGAGCCUGAAGCUGGAGCACUACUGAGCAUGCCUGACGGUGCCCACGCGGGCCGCAGCCUCACGCCACCUGACUACGAGCUGACACUACUGAGGGCCAGGGAGCUGGGGUCCCAGGACGCUGCUCCCUCCCCACUCUGCCAGGGAGGGGCUGUUCUCAAGCCCCUGUGCACCCCCCAUGCCAUCACGUGACCUCUGGGGACCCCUACCCUCAGAGGGAGCUGCAAGUGCCUUUCUCUGCAGACCAAAGGCCUGAGACUCCACCCCACCCCCUCCACCGCCCACAGCAGGGAAGCAGUACUUCUGGGGGGGGGGGUGGGUCUCGGGGUGUUCCCUGCGCUCAGCCAGAGGGGCUGGCCCACCCUCGGGUGCUCCCAGACCCCUGGACACACCCCCUCAUGGUGGUCAGGGCAAGCCUGAGGGGGGCACUGCUGGGUGGGGCAGAGCCUGGGAAUAUGCCCGCCACGGGGCCCAAGACCCCCAGCCCACUCCCGGGAAAGCCAAGCUAGCCCUGUCCUGCGGGUCCUGUGCCGCUGCCCUCCCCCACCCGGCUGCCCUGAGGCCCUGCUGGGACUUCCCCACCACUCUCCCCACUGAAAGGCUGCAAUUCACUUGCUCUUGUCCUGUCCCCUUCCCAGAAGCGGGGGGCUUGUGGGUUUUAUUCACUGCUGUAUCACAAAUGCCAAAACUGCUUGUGCCACGUAAUAGGCGUUCAAUAAAUGUUUGUGGAACAGACGUGUGAGCUUAGCUGUGUCCGUGAGACAGGGUCCUGGUCCUCAGGGCCUUCCCCCCCCAGCAGGGUGGACAGAACCACCCACCUAGUGCCAGGACAAGGGGCCAGGACGGCACAUCCUGGUGCUCCAGGGCAGCCACCUGUGAGCCAAGGAUGGAAAGGACUCCAGGGAGAGGAGGCCAGUCACAGGG